UCUCCAAGGGUGGACGUCUUCACUCCCUCCUACAAAUACCCGGCUUGUUCUCAACCUCAUUUGUGUACUUCACAUCUUCUUGUCUCUAAUUAUUCAGGACGCCCUGAUAUUGCUGGACCACAUCAGGCACAUCCACUUCCUCACUCUUCAAAAUGGUCAUCAACACAUCUGGGCCUGAAUUGCCCAUCCGUACCCACGAUCUGCCAACCUCAACCUUCUCGCACAAUGGCUCCCUCGAAAAGAGUUACACAAUUCGAGAAGAGCCUCUUGGCACGACUAAGCAUCUCCGGAUCGUCGGCAUCGGUGCCGGUGCAAGCGGGUUGAACAUGAUCCGUACCCUUCGCUUAAAUCUUACGGACUACGACUUCGUCAUCUACGAAAAGAACCAGGAUGUGGGUGGGACCUGGUUCGAAAACCGAUAUCCUGGCUGCCGAUGUGAUAUCCCAAGUCACAACUACCAGUUCGCGUGGAAGCCAAAGCAUGACUGGUCCAACUUCCAUGCCUCAGCCGACGAGAUUGGUGGUUACCUUCGCCAAGUAUGCGACGAGGAGCAUAUGCGGGACUCGAUCAAGACCUCCCACCGUGUGGAAUUCGCGCAGUGGGACGAAGAGAAAGCACGCUGGGACCUGAUGGUACAAGAUUUGACGACGGGCGAGCACAUCAAUGACUAUGCCGAUUUUCUGUUGGAUGGAACAGGUAUCCUGAACAACUGGAAAUGGCCCGAUGUUGAGGGCCUUACGGCCUUCGACGGAGACUUGAUACAUACCGCCAACUGGCCAAAGGACUUUGACGCCGCUGGAAAAGUAGUUGCUGUCAUCGGCAAUGGUUCGACGGGAAUCCAAGUUGUGCCGGAACUGCAGAAGAAGGCAGAGAAGCUGUACCAUCUCUUUAGAACGCCCACUUGGGUCCUCCCGCCACGGAUAAUGGCAUGGAAGAUGAUGGGCCAGAAUAAGGAACUCCUGGAGAUACUCGGCGAGAUUGGGAUCGAUGCCCAAGAAAAUUUCUCGCAGGAGACGAUAGAGAGGUUCAAGUCCGACCCCGAGUUCUAUGGCCGUUUCGUAAAGACUGUGGAAAAGGAAGUCAAUAAUGCUUUCCCGAUGGUUCUAGCAGGAAGCCCACUACAAACCUUUGCUCAACAAAAGGCGGAGCAAUACAUGAAGUUGAUGCUUAGAGGGAACAAGGAGCUUUGUGAAGCAUUGAUUCCCGACUUUCCGCUAGGAACGAGGCGAUUAACCCCUGGUCAAGACUAUCUCCAGGCGCUCACCAAGGAGAAUGUCGAGGUUAGAAGAGGAGGGAUCAGACGCUUUGUUCCAGAGGGUAUUCAACUGGAAUCUGGCGAAGUGAUCAAGGUCGACGCAAUCGUUUGCGCCACCGGCUUCAAUACAUCUUUUUGCCCGCGGUUUCCCAUCGUCGGGCGCAAGGGAAAUCUGCAAAAAGAUUUCAGAGAUGAGGUUCCCAAGUCUUAUAUGUCUUGCGCCAUUGCCAACAUGCCCAAUUACUUUGUCUUUCUAGGACCUAACGCCCCCAUUGGUCACGGUAGUGUCUUCACGCUAACCGAGCACAUCGCCAAGUACAUCACCCGAAUCAUUAAGAAAUGUCAGACGGAGUGCAUCAAGACCAUCUGCCCUUCUCAGGAUGCGAUCGAUGACUAUUUCGAGCAUAUCUCGGCUUUCAUGCCCCGCACAACGUGGAGCGCCCAGGGACGGUCGUGGUUCAAGAAUGGUCAGGAGGACGGACCGGUCACGGCGUUGCAUCCGGGAAGCCGUAUGCAUUUCUUCCACAUGUUGGAGAACUUCCGGGGAGAAGACUGGGAUUAUAUCUACGACGCGCCGAAGAAAAACCGGUUCUACUACCUCGGGAAUGGGUUCUCGACCAAGGAGAAGGGGGAUACGACGUGGUAUCUGGAUAACCCGGAUUCGAAGCUGUGAAUGAGUGAAGGAUGCAUCGGAGCAAGAUAUGAAAAUG